AUGCCAUAUAACAACGCACCCAUCAGCCCUCCAGAAGAGAUCACUGGCACAUCCAAGGUUCCCCUUGCUCGGGUCAAGAAAAUCAUCGCCCAGGAUGAAGACAUUGCCCAGUGCUCUAAUUCGGCAGCGUUUGCUAUCUCUGUGGCUACGGAAAUUUUCUUGAGGUACCUGACAGAGCAAGCGCAUAACGUCGUCAAAUCCGAGCGGAAACCCCGCCGAAACAUCGCGUACAAGGACAUUGCCACUGCUGUCUCAAGAAUUGAUAAUCUAGAGUUUCUAUCCGACAUUGUUCCCAAGACGAAAACUUACCGUCAAUAUAAGGAAGACAAGGCCCAGGAAGAUGCGACCAAGGCCGCGGCGGCGGCUGUCAAUGGCAAUCGUCCCACAUCCAGCUCACGGAACAUUCAAGACAUGAUGCAGCAGCCUCAAACGAAUGGGAGCGGCGAGCAUAUGCCAAACGGCCAUCCUCAUAGCCCAAUCGCGGAUCGGACAAUUCGCCACUCACAUCCUGAUCCAGUGAGAGACCUCGACCGUGACGUGGACAUGACCGGCUGA